AAAAAGUCUCAUGGCAAUAUAUAAUUAUGACUGACGCCUACUUAUCUACUUCCGACAACCCAUAUUCUGAAUGCGGAAUAAGCAACAUAAAAUCUUCCGGAAUAUGGACUGAAUAUUUUGUUUGCAAACUAAAAGUCAGACUCACUCAACACAAAGACAAAUACUCUCCAGCAGGUGGGGGUGGUGUGACUUGCAGCUGGUUUCUACCCUGUGAUAACGAACAGAGAAAAAGAAGGCGUUCCUACUGUACAGUGAACACACUGAAUCAAACUGCUAACAUGACCAAACACUGACUAAACAGGGAAGGUGAAACACUGGGUGGGUUACUUGGCCCAAUGCUCUCGGUCAGGUGCAUUUUGAGAACAUCAGGAAAACAUCUGGCCUCUCGUCAAGCUUGGAGACACCACAUCAAGCAGCAAAACAGGAUGUCGACUUCGUGUCACCCAGUGGCUGCAGUGUGUCAGAUGACAGCCACACAGGACAAAGAGGCCAACUUUUCUACCUGUAAACGUCUCGUGGAGGAAGCCAAGGAGCGAGGGGCUAGCAUGGUCUUCCUGCCUGAGGCCUUUGAUUACAUUGGAUCUAGUCAAGAGGAGACACUGUCGCUGUCUGAGAGCCUGACAGGAGACACGAUCUCUCAAUAUACUCAGCUGGCCAGGAAGUCGGAAGUGUGGCUGUCUCUUGGAGGAUUUCAUGAACGAGGGCACGACUGGGAGUCUGACAGACGAAUCUACAACACUCACGUCAUAAUUAAUGAUAAAGGCGACAUAAUUUCAGUCUACAGGAAGUCCCAUUUGUUUGAUGUGGAGCUGCCAGGAAAAGGUGUUUCCCUUAAAGAAAGUGCCUUCACCAUCCCAGGACCCUCCCUGGUGUCUCCAGUCCAAACUCCCAUCGGCAAGGUUGGCCUGGGCAUCUGUUAUGAUCUGAGAUUCCCUGACCUUUCGCUGGCCCUGCAAAGACAUGAGGCUGAGAUUCUGACAUACCCAUCUGCCUUCACUGUAGCAACAGGAGCUGCUCACUGGGAGGUGUUACUCCGCGCACGGGCAAUCGAGACCCAGUGUUUUGUUCUGGCGGCGGCGCAGGUCGGCCAGCACCACGCCAAGCGCUCGUCGUACGGCCAUGCCUUGGCGGUGGACCCCUGGGGUGAGGUGCUGGGCGACUGUGGAGGGGAAAAGCCAGGCAUGGUGCUGGUGGAGAUUGACCUGGAGAAGGUUAGAAGCACCAGGAGGAACAUGCCGGUUCGACAGCACCGCAGAGACACUGGUUUCUAUCACAGUCUGCAGACGGCUUGACUACGAGAGGUUCAAAGUCACAGAAGGGACAGCAAUUACAGGCAACAAACUAAACAGGAUGUUGUGUUUCAGUAAUGUCUUACAGGGACAAAUAUCUUACAGGAGACUAGCUAAUAAAGUAUUGCAUUUGAAGGGGGAUCCAGGGUCAUAUUUCAAAAAUAUAACUUUUAUUUCACGCUGUUUAGCUUUCUACCAUACUGCGUCAGGAGCACUUCAAGUGAUUUUAUUAAUUGGAGAUCAAAACAGAAAUAAAUUUUAGCUUGGUAGUUAUUUUAGUAUACUGUGAGAGGAAAGAAGCAUACAUUCUUGUCAAAUGAAGAUUUUAGUGAAUAAAUAUCAGGGAAGUGUUAAUAUGGAGUUGUUAUUCUGAGCUGUUGAGCAUUGGAGCUACUUGUUAUGGCUAAAGCAGACAUCAGCCAACACUUCUUUUGUUUCCCCCUCAGCUGCUCUGGUUUAACAUUUGAGCCAUUUGUCAUCACUACAGUAGAUUAUCUUAUUUCUAGUUAAAAAGUUACAUUUUUCUCUAUUCUAGUUUAAAAAAAAUCAGCUCAGACCAGAUCAGAUGAGAUAUUACUAAUAGUGGUCAAUAGAUGGCACUGUUGGGCAAUAAGAAUGUGAGAAACAGGAGGAAAUGAAAAAACCGUACAGUAAAACAUUCCUGCAAAUGAAAUUACUGAUAUCUGUUGAUCUGUGGUACUGAAUGGAAAUGUACAAAUUCAGCUGUAUUGUUUAAAUCACAAUCUGUUUACUGAAAGAUUAUAAACUGAAACAUUUUGAAAAAAAAAAUC